AUGAGAAGGCCUCCAAGAAACAUCGAAGAAUGGCUUUACUAUACAUUACUGGAUAGCAAAACUUUUCAACGUUUUGUUCAAAGACUAUACAACAAGAUUAAUGGAAUAAGUGAAACUAGCAAAACUACUCCUAUGGACUCUGUACAGUUUUUGUACCGCCCAACAAGGAUUCAUAAACUCCGAGCUUAUAAGGCAUUAUUUGUGGAUGAAUUUCGAAGAACAUUGGGAUUGACACCUCGAAUACCCAAGUAA